AACGCAACCAGGCGGCUGCUGGCUCGUAUAUGGCAUGAGGAAAUGAAGCUACUGGCGAUUAUUAUGGUCUCAGAUCAUUCUGAUGUUUCUGGCGGUGGAUCAUGUUAGGCUAAAUCGACUUGUUUGUUUUCGUAUAUUGGAUCAUAUUUGGUGGAGAGUGGCCUUUAUUUAUAAAUGAUGUACUUGUAUUAGUAGUGAAUGGUGCUAGCAACAAGUGCAGCCAGAUCCAUUAGAAGAGCAGUAGAACUCAGACGGAGCAGUUCUUGUUGGUAAACAAAUUAUUUAUUAUAGUAAAAGCUGAAUUGAAGAAGUGUGUGUGUGUGUGUGUGUGUGUGUGUGUGUGUGUGUGUGUGUUGUUGCAUCGAUAGUAGGGCUCCAUGUAUCAUUGGGUCACUUGCUUCAUUGGGAGACUUUCAAAUGUCUCCUGCAAAUGAUGUAGUUUGAAACAAUGUUUUCAAGAAAUUCAGGAGAAAAAAAAAUGUCAACAAUAACACGUGGUUAAUAAGAACUCAAUCAGAAUAGGUGCAAGGAAGCAAUCAGCUGAGAGAAGAUGAUUGAGAAUCAUCUCCAUUAGUUUGUUAAGAAUAAUAAUUAAAAAGUGUGUUAUUGACAGUAAGUAGGCAUCGAUAGUAGAUCAUCAUUAUUCCCUCCAUUGAACAUGGCAAGUAUACUUGGAUUAAAAAUGAGUCUCAGUUCCUUGAGAAGGAAACAACCCAAGACCUUCAGCGUAAGGAUCGUGACGACUGAUGCAGACCUGGAGUUCAGCUGUGAGGUGAAGUGGAAAGGUAAGGACCUGUUUGAGCUGGCAUGCAGGACAUUAGCACUCCGGGAAACCUGGUUCUUUGGCCUCCAGUACAUGGUCAAAGACACAGUGGCGUGGCUGAAGAUGGAUAAGAAGGUUUUAGACCAGGAUGUUCCUAAAGAGGACCCUAUUGUGCUGAACUUCCUGGCGAAGUUUUACCCAGAAAACGUAGAAGAGGAGCUUGUCCAGGACAUCACGCAACACCUUUUCUUUCUGCAGGUGAAGAAGAAGAUUCUGGAAGAGGAGGUGUACUGCCCUCCUGAAGCUUCAGUGCUGCUUGCAUCAUAUGCCGUCCAAGCAAAGUACGGAGAUUACGACCAACACGUCCACACACCAGGCUUCCUGGCGCAGGAAGAGCUUCUACCAAAGAGGGUGAUUAAUCUCUACCAGAUGACUGCAGAAAUGUGGGAGGAGAGAAUUACACUCUGCUACGCCGAGCACCGAGGCAGGACCAGAGAAGAAGCCGAGAUGGAGUAUUUAAAAAUAGCCCAGGAUUUGGAGAUGUACGGGAUCAAUUACUUUUUAAUUCGGAAUAAAAAGGGAACAGAUCUGCUGCUCGGAGUCGAUGCGUUGGGGCUGCACAUUUACGAACCGGAAAACAAACUCACCCCGAAAAUCUCUUUUCCUUGGAAUGAAAUCCGUAACAUCUCCUACAGCGACAAAGAGUUUGCAAUUAAGCCUCUGGAUAAGAAAGCGGACGUGUUCAAAUUCAACUCCUCCAGACUCCGGGUCAACAAGCUGAUCCUGCAGCUGUGCAUCGGGAAUCAUGACCUGUUCAUGAGGAGACGCAGGGUGGACUCACUGGAGGUGCAGCAGAUGAAGUCUCAGGCCAGAGAGGAGAAAGCUCGCAAACAGAUGGAGAGACAGAGGUUGGAGAGAGAGAAACACUUGCGUGAGGAAGCUGAGAGAGCGCGUGAUGAGUUGGAGAGACGAUUCCUGCAUCUACAGGAUGAAGCGUUUAUGGCCAAUGAAGCUCUGAUGCGCUCUGAGGAGACGGCGGAUCUGUUAGCGGAGAAGGCUCAGAUCGCCGAGGAAGAGGCGAAGCUGCUGGCUCAGAAGGCAGCCGAGGCAGAGCAGGAGAUCCAGCGGAUUAAAAUGACGGCGAUCCGCAGCGAGGAGGAGAAGAGGCUGCUCGAGCAGAAGAUGCUGGAAACGAAGAUGCUCGCGCUCAAAAUGGCUGAAGAAUCCGAGAGGAGAGCCAAAGAAGCUGAUCAGCUGAAGCAGGACCUGCAGGAGGCCAAAGAGUCUGAGCGCAGAGCCAAAUAUAAACUGCUGGAGAUCACUAGCAAAUCGCCUUACUCGGCUACGGCUCUCUCGGCCAAUGCUCUCCCUCGUGACCUCAGCUUCAGCACAGAGAACCUGAGCUUCGACUUCAAAGACACCGAUAUGAAACGCCUCUCUAUGGAGAUCGAGAAGGAAAAGGUGGAGUACAUGGAGAAGAGCAAACACCUGCAGGAGCAGCUGAACGAGCUGAAGACUGAGAUUGAGUCGUUGAAGCUGAAGGAGCGAGAGACUCAUCUGGACAUCCUCCAUAACGAGAACACGGAACGAGGCACCAGCAAGCAGAGCAACUUCAAAAAGUUGACACUACAGAGCGCCAAGUCAAGAGUGGCCUUCUUCGACGAACUAUAGCCGACCAAAGUGUGCGUGUGUGUGCUCAUGUUAACUUUUUGUCUAUGCAUUGUUUUUUUUCUAGUUUGUGUUACUGAUUAUUUUGUGUUUGUGUGUGUGGUUUUAGUAUUAACUUGUUUUUUUGGUUUUGUGUAUUGAAGGUGUUUUUUUUCUGUGUUUUUGUUUUUUUGCCACUUGCAACAAGUGUUGUUUUUUUCCCCUCGGGAUUCGAAAUUACUUUGUGUGCAUGAGUGAGCGUGUGUAAGAGAGACGUCUGUGUGUACAGUAUGUCUCUGUCUGUGUGUGUCUGUGUGUCUUUGUAUGUGCGUGUCUAUUUGUGUGCGUCUUGCCGUGUCUUUGCGUUUCUCUUUCUGUGUGUCUCCAUGUUUCUACGUGUGUGUGUGUGUGUGUGUGUGUGUGUGUGUGUGUGUGUGAGUGAUGUGAGUCGUGUCUUUUACACUAAGUCGUAAGUAAACACUAGCGCACACACACACACACACACACACUUUUUAUACACACCAUGUAUCUCCAUUCCAACAUUUUAAACCAGUAAUCAGGAACAAACGAGAACUGGAUGCUGCUUCCACACACUGCUCUCUGACACCAGCAAUCCUGAGGGAAAAGUUUCCUCAGACUUUCUCUUCAGACUCAUGAAAGAUGACAUGCUGCAUUUGUUUGUUUUUUUUCUUCUCCUUUUUUCGAAUCUGGGGUAAAAGCUUUGGGUUCGCAUUACUGCUGAGACUUCAGAAUGAACACUAUUUAUACUUUUCUCAAAAGCCGAUAUUUUUUCAUAUAUAUAUAUAUAUAUAUAUAUAUAUAUAUAUAUAUAUAUAAUAGCUUAUAUCAAAGUAUUUCUUAAAUGUAUUUCCUCAAGUUUUCUUUUUUUCCCUAUUUUCUUCAAUGUUUUAUUAUUCUGUGGUUGCACUGCACUACUCUGCGGCUUCAUAACACACUUAUACCUACUACGUAAAUAUUUCACCCUGCGAUAAUAACUUUCAAAUAUUAUAUAUAUAUUUUUUGUUGUUUUUUAAACUAAUACCACACGAAUGGAGCAUUGCUCCGUCUUCUACAAAGUAUCCACUCUAUUACUAUUUGUUUAGAUGACAUAGAGGCUUUAUAACAGGGAGCAACACUGGUUACAGCUCUCAUUCGUUCAUUUGAAAUGUAAUGUUCUUUAUUAAAUGAAGAAAAUAACUGAUUUAG